AUCAUGAUGUUCUUCUUGCUCUGCAUCGUGAUUUCGGCCGUGUGCCUGCUGUUGGUGUACGAUAUGAAGAAGCCCAGAAAAUAUCCGCCCGGUCCAAAAUUUUUGCCUAUUAUCGGAAGCUACGGUCACUAUAGAAACAGACUAAAAUCUCUCGGUUACCAUCAUCUAGUCUGGUCCGAACUGUCGAAGCAGUACGGAGAUAUAGUAGGGUUGAAGCUUGGCAGGCACUUGGUGGUUGCGGUUUUUGGCGCUGAAGUUAUUAAGGAAGUGCUCAGCAGGGAGGAGUUCGACGGAAGACCGGACGGGUUCUUCUUCAGAUUGAGAACAUUCGGCAAAAGGUUGGGCAUCGUCUUUUCCGACGGCCAGUUCUGGCGGAAGCAGAGGAAGUUCUCCCUGCAACACCUGCGCAACUUCGGCUUCGGCAGGAAGGAGAUGGAGGAGAAAAUACAGGAAGAGACGCGCUGCCUCAUGGAGAUCUUCAGAGGACGUUGUUCGGAGCCGAUGUUCAUGCACACCGCCUUCGACAUCUCGGUGCUGAACGUGCUGUGGGCCAUGAUGGCGGGCCAGAGGUUCGACAUAGAGGACGAGAGGCUGAGGAGGCUGUUGCAGAUCAUUCACGACGCAUUUAGGCUGGUCGACAUGUCGGGAGGGCUCAUCAACCAGAUGCCUUUCCUGAGGCAUGUAGCCCCCGACGCGUGCGGCUACAACCAGAUCAUGAGUAUCCUGGAGAGGAUGUGGCAGUUUCUGGAGGAAGCCAUUUCCGAACACAGAAAAACGGUAUGUUUCUCGCAACCUAGAGACCUAAUAGAUGCUUUUUUACAAAAAAUGAACAUCAACAAUGACUCCACGUUCACAGACGACCAGUUGAUGUCCCUGUGUCUGGACCUCUUCAUGGCCGGAGCUGAAACGACCAGCAACACCCUGGCCUUCACCGUCAUGUACAUGGUGUUGUAUCCAGAGGUCCAGAAGCGGGUGCAGAACGAACUGGACCAAGAAAUCGGCAGGAAUCGUUGCCCAAACUUGAACGACCGUGUUAGGCUCAAAUACACCGAGGCCGUUUUGAACGAGAUCCAACGCCGUAGCAACAUCGCGCCGCUCGGCAUAGCCCAUCGGGCUACCAAGAACACGGAAUUGUUCGGGUAUCGCGUACCAGAGGGCACCAUGGUUUUGACCAGCAUAUACAGCGUGCACAUGGACAGACGUUUUUGGCAGGACCCGAUGGCGUUUAGACCCGAAAGGUUUUUGGACGGAAACGGCGAUGUUGUCGUGAAUGAAAAGUAUUUCUUCCCUUUCGGACAAGGAAAACGACGAUGUCUUGGCGAAUCCCUAGGGAAAGCCAACAUAUUCCUCUUCUUCACGGCACUUCUCCACAACUUUACUGUAAAAACUGCUGAAGAUUUUUAUCCUCAGUUGGAAGGAUUCGAUGGAGUGACUAUAGCACCGAAACCUUUCAAAGUUGUUUUGGCUCCUAGAGAAGAAUACUUCCCGUCCUGUACAGUCUGGCGAAUAGAAGCGCAUUCACCACGUGCUUUUUGUUACACAAUGACUUACGUACUGUUGGUAGCCGCGGUGGUGUUGUUCGUGACUUAUGUAAUAAAUCAGGUUAGGAAGCCACCGAAUUUCCCACCAGGUCCCUGUUGGAUACCGUUCGUAGGAAAUUUACCAGAGCUCCGCAACUUAUCCCGAGCUCUAGGUGGUCAACACUUGGCUCUAGUGGAACUAGCUAAAAGAUACAAAACAAACGUACUGGGUUUGAAAUUAGGUAAAGACUAUUUCGUAGUAGUAUCUUCUUAUCCCGUCAUAAGGACCGUCCUCCAUGGGGACGAAUAUGACGGAAGACCCAACAAUUUUUUCAUCAGAUUACGAACCAUGGGAACUAGACGAGGUGUAACAUGUACAGACGGGGAGCUAUGGAAGAUCCAAAGAAAUUUCGUGGUAACUCACCUUCGCAGUUUAGGUUUCGGUAAAAAACCCAUGGAGAUUCUUAUAAAAGAGGAGAUAUCAGAAGUGUUGGGUAUAUUACAAGAAAAUGGCAGCAUCGUUCGGAUCGGUAAAGUUAUAGCCCCGGCUGUAAUAAAUAUUUUAUGGGCCUUAACGACCGGCAGCAGGAUAGACCGGAAAGACCCCCGAUUAAAUCGACUGUUGGAGCUUUUGGAUAUGAGGUCUAAGGCUUUCGAUAUGUCGGGAGGAAUUUUGACGCAACAUCCUUGGUUGCGAUUGGUAGCGCCCGAAAAGACCGGAUAUAAUUUGAUAAAGAAAUUGAACUGCGAAUUGAGAGACCUUCUCAUGGAAACUGUAACGCAACAUCAGAAGACUUGGACCCCGGGGGCGAACGAGGACCUUAUUUAUUCUUUCAUAACAGAGAUGAAGAAGACCAACGGGCACAAAAGCACGUUUACAGAAGUUCAGUUGAUUAUGGUCUGUCUGGAUAUCUUCAUUGCGGGUUCCCAAACGACGAGUAACACUUUGGAUUUCGCCUUCUUGGCGAUGAUAUUACACCCAGAUGUACAGACAAGGGUGCACGCUCGUCUUGAUCAAGCCUUUGAGAAAUCGCAAGAAAUCAGUUACACUGACAGAGUGAGAAUUCCUUACGUUGAAGCAGUAUUAUUAGAAGUAGAGAGGUUUUAUCAUGUGGCUCCAAUUACCGGGCCUAGGAGAGUGUUGCGGGAUACGACUUUGGAAGGGUACAGCAUUCCCCGGGGGGCUACGGUCUUGAUUAGUUCGUACUCCGUCCACAAUGACAAGGAUUAUUGGGGGGAUCCCGAGGUGUUCAGGCCAGACAGGUUUUUGGACGUAAACGAGAAAUUGUUACCCCACGACAGGCUGAUUCCCUUCGGCUUAGGUAAACGAAGGUGUUUAGGCGAAGUCCUGGCUAAGCAAUGCAUAUUUCUCUUUUUUGUGGAGCUGAUGAGGAGGUACGAGUUAACGUUUUUACCGAAUACCGAUAAACCGACGGGUAUUCCUUUGCCGGGUAUUACUCUGUCUCCCGAAAGGUAUACUGCUAAGCUUACACCGCGCUGACAUACCUUGGAAAAAUAUCUUGAAUUGUAAGUUAUAUUUUUACAAACAGUAAAAGAAUCUCUUUCAGAC